CGUGAAAGAAAAAAAUAACUGGUACCAGCGUUAGCUGUGGAUAAGGAUUUAAUAAUUCUAGUAAUUUGUCCUUACGUCACAAUAUUCUGAACACAGUGAUUUCAUGUUUGUCGAUGAACAUACUGUAACGUCGUACUAGGGAACUUGACGUAACUGUUCUAACUUCAUGAUUUUGAUUCGUAAUUGCUGCGGUGUCAGUUUUUGAAGUGAAUUUUUUACUUUAUAUUAAAAAACGGAAUGUUUGUAAUACACGCGAUUCUACUCCUUUUCUUCUAAGCACCUAUAUCGUGAUACUCGAUUCCACUGACAAGAAAUCAUGUCCAAAAUGAUAAACGUUCCGAAUAACUUAACCAAAUGGGGUCUGUCAGAAGAUUCACUGGCACCGCUAACCGAUCGUCAAAAAGAUUGUCUAUCGAGUUUGGAAGAGGAAUUGUUAUCCGAGGGUACACCUAAUUCCGAAAAGCAAGGUGAUACCGAGUAUACGAACGAAGAAAACGAGAUUUUUGUACAAAUAGAACGGUAUCAAGAUCUGUUGGAACAUUAUACCACAUUAGAAAAGAAGUGUAUGGACAGGAAAGAUAUAAAAUACAUAUUAUAUCUCAAUGAACUUGAAGCCAGACGACUUGAAUGCCAUGAACUUUGCCUUCGAAUAGAAGAGGCAUUGGAGGACUUUACAAUGUUGUAUAAACAAUAUUCAGAGGUUUCUGAUAAAACUACCUCUCUUUAUAAUGCCAGUGAACAGCUUGAUUCCGAUCAAAGGAAAUUAAAUUCUACUAUAGAAAACAUUACAGAAUACAUCAAGUAUUUCAAAGAUAUUGAUUUGACAAUGGAAAAAUUAGAGGCACCUACGCUAUCGGUGAACAGCGAAAUGUUCUUUAACAUAUUGGAUAAAAUUGAUAUAAAUAUUGAUUUUGUGCAAAGUAAUCCUUCCUUUAAAGAAAGCAAUACUUACUUAAUUAAAUAUAAACAUUGUCAAUCUAAGGCAAUAUCUAUGAUACAAAAUUAUGUCUUUAAUCUAUUUAGUAAAACCACAGAAAGCAUUUUAAAUCUAAGAGACAGCGACAAUUCCCAAGAUAAUGGAGAUGCGGCUUUAGCCCUUUUUUAUGGGAGAUUUCAGACCAUUUUGUCGAAAGUUAAACCAGUCAUCGAACAAGUAGAAGUAAAAUCUUACAAGAGGCAAGAAUAUGAUAGUUUAUUGUCAGAGUGUCAUCAAUAUUAUUGGAGUCAAAGAGGACUAGUAUUAGGCAGUAGUGUACAAAAGUCCCUAUUGUCUGUAAAAGAGAAAUACAAUGGUGAUCAUUGUAGUUUGGUACGAAAUUCAUGUGCAUUGCUGCUGCAUGCAUCCAUGGAUGAGUAUAAAUUAUUUUAUGAAUUUUUCUCCAAGCCAUCCGGUGGAUUAACAGCAUAUCUUGAAAGUUUAUGUACUUCUUUAUACGAUACACUUAGACCAUUUAUUAUUCAUAUUAAUCAUUUGGAAACAUUAGCUGAGAUCUGCUGUAUUUUAAGAAUUGAAAUGUUAGAUGAACAUGUUCAAAAUAAUUUCGAGCCCCUGGAAGGAUUCGGGAACAUUUGUUUGCAGUUGUUGCACGAUGUACAGGAGAGGCUCGUUUUUCGCGCGCAUCUUUAUUUGCAGUCCGAUGUUUUAAAUUAUAAUCCAUCGCCGGGCGAUUUGGCGUACCCGGAUAAAUUAAAAAUGAUGGAAGACAUAGCGGAAUCGAUACGAGAGGAGAAUCGUCAAACGAAAAUGAAAAAGCUAUCUAUAUCGUCGAUGGAUGAUAAUAUUAUGGAACCUAUAUCCAGAAAUCAUAUUAUAAUGGACUCUAUUUAUCAGAAAACACAUAUGGGUAACUCACCCGCGGAUCUUCACGGGAUGUGGUACCCUACCGUUCGUAGAACUUUAGUUUGUUUGUCGAGAUUGUAUAGAUGCGUGGACAAGUCUGUAUUUCAAUCUCUAAGUCAAGAAGCGAUAUCUCUUUGCGUUCAAAGUAUAGAGAAUGCAAAAUACGAGAUUGAAAAGAGGGCAACACCUUUAGACGCGGAACUUUUCCAGAUAAAACAUUUGUUAAUAUUGCGCGAGCAAAUCGCACCGUUUCAAGUGGAUUUCACUAUAAAGGAAUAUAGUCUAGACUUUUCUAAAGUCAAGACAGCAGCGUUUGGUUUGUUCGAAAAAAGUUCGAGAAUUUUUACUUUGUCGAAUAAUGCAUUGUUGGAAUUUUUAUUAGAAGGUGCGCCGCAAAUGAAAGAACAGUUAAUCGACUCGAGGAAACAAGUGGAUAAUAAGUUAAAACACACUUGUCAACGUCUUAUACAGCAUGCGACAUUUUUGUUGAUACAUCCGGUUCUAAAGUUACUGGAAAAAGAAAAAUCAUACUUGAAUAGUAAUACUCCGGAUAAACCCCAAGAGCACGCUCUCGGGAGCGCGCAAGAUGUUGCAACUGUGAUUAACGAGGUUUUGAGGAUAAUUAAAUUUAAAUGCCCGGAGAUCCAACAGUCGAUGCAACUGUAUCUAUCUAACAAGGAGACGGAGUUUAUUUUAUUCAGACCAGUAAAAAAUAAUGUGUGCGCUGCGUUUACGCAGUUGUAUCAGACAUUGAGUAAAUAUUACAAUGCAGAGGAACUUCUGUUAAUUGCUUGUCCAUUGCCAGAACAAAUUUCUGUAAUAUUGAGCUCAUCCAGUCUAGUUCACGGAAAAAAUACACAGACUACUGUAAAGAAAGCAUAGCCAAAAUGAACUAUAAAAUUUGUAUAAUUUAAUGCUGUACAUUAAUACUAUUUCUCAAUUUGUAAUCUGUAUAUAAAUAGUAAAUAUAUACAUAGCAGUUUGAAUGUAUUGUAUUUAAGAAGUGCUAUAUAAUAUUUUAAUUCUUUGUAAUGUAUUUUAAAAACAUGCAAUUUUUGUACUAUACAAAUGUACAUAUCGGAUAUAUUAAAUUAUAUUAAAUGUAAUAAAUUGUAUUAUGUCU